AUGGCUUCGACUUGUCCAAGAGAGGUUCGGGAGCGUAAGACUCUGCGGAGGUCAAGAUUUGGCUGCCGAAAUUGCAAGCUUCGAAAACUCAAGUGCGACGAAGGCAAACCACAGUGCAAGAGUUGUAGUUCAUUCGGGGUAUUUUGCAACUUCAUGUCUAACGUCCCCGACCUCCAGCCCGUCGCCGCUGGGACAGGGCGGCCAUUGGUGGCUCAAGGAAAAGCAGAGCUUCAGCCCCCUCUCACAAAUGCUGUCUGGACAUCUGACGCAUCGACAUCUUACCAACUGAACGCAAAGUGUCAGGAUUUUAUAACCCGGUAUCUUGGACGAAGUCUCAUUACUCCAGACGACCCUAAUAUGAUACAAGUUAAUCGCAAGCUCCUGAAACUUGCCUUCGCCUACCCUUUCUUAAUGCAUGCCUCUCUAGCUGUGGCGCUUACAUAUGACCGCCAUCUAAACGGCUCCUUGGGCUGUCGUCGCACUGUAGAAGAGUGCUAUCACUGGUGUCAAAGCACAUUUCUCUUGAACAAGCGGCUAAGGGAACCAAUUGAAGCAAAAGAUAAGGAUCCAAUCUGGGGUACUGCGGCUGCUCUGGUUAUUUUAAUCUUUUCGUCCCCCGAUGCAUGCAUACCGGAGCAAGCGUGGCCUCUAAAGUCCUCCGGCUCCUCCGACUUGGACUGGGUGCGUAUGAGCAAGGGUAAAAUGUCAUUGUGGCACAUGGUUAACCCGUUGCGACCGGACAGCCUUUUCCGCGUCAUGGCGGCGACCUAUGCUCAUAUGCAUUCACCACUGCCAGAGAGAGGCAUAGAUGGUAUACCAAGGGCGUUGGCUGCCGUGUGUAACCUCAAAGACUCAUCUACGGCGGAAACUAAUCCGUAUUUCCAUGCUGCCCAUGCGGUAUCCCAGAUCCUGGAGCUCCAGGAUAGUGAGGUCACAAUAGGUCAGACUCAACUCUUCAUGCGGAGUAUCCAUGGCCCUUUCGAGGACUUGCUCCGGGAAAGGGACCCUUCAGCGCUAUUAUUGCUCUAUCUAUGGUACCGCAAAGCAAGUCGCAGUAUAUGGUGGAUUGAACUAAGGGCUAGAGUGGAAUGUCCUUCUAUUUGCUUGAUUGAAAAAUUCCCCUCCUUUCGAGAGCAUCCCAUCUCGACAUCCUCCCCUCCACGGCCAGUGCCAGUGGUCUCCGCUUGGCAACGGUCUGGCCGCAGUCCGUUCAACAUGUUCUCGGCCUUUCUUCGCUGGGCGACAUCCUACAAGGAAAAGGUCCCGUUUCUAAACGAGCUGCACCUCAAUUUUAUCUUUAUACACUACACCUACAUCAUAUCAUGGGCUAUCAUCGGCUCCAUCAUCGUUUACCCCGGUGGCAACAUCACCUACAUCGAUGCCCUCUUCCAAUCCGCCGGCGCCGCCACCCAGAGCGGGUUGAACACCGUCAAUCUGAAUGAACUCUGGCUGUAUCAACAAAUCGUCCUAUACCUGAUCACAUGUCUGUGCACGCCGAUCUUCAUACACAGCGCCCUGGUGUUUAUUCGGUUAUACUGGUUCGAGAAGCGCUUCCAACAUGUUGUCCGUGACGCCCGUGCGAUGCGACGGACCCGAUCCCGCAUGGAAACCGUGACCGAUGAUGGGGACAGCGGGAAUAUUAAUAUCAACCGUGCGGAGGGUGGAGUCAGCGGUCGACCCAUUGUGGUGAUACGGGAUGAUUCAGGGGAUGCCCGGGACGGUCGAUUGACGGAUCCGGCGAGCAAGAAUAUCAAUUCGGGCAUCAACACACCAGAAGCUCGGGAGAGCAGUGCCGACUCCAGCUCCGAGGGAACAGACCCGGCUAACGAACCUCGUUUUGGCCUCGGCAGCUUGAAAGUGCCAACCCAUCUGAAACCCGAACACCACAUCGCCUUCUUAGAAAAGCAGCGGAGGGAUAAAGGAGCUCUACGCAUUCCCAGUCCCCGGGAGUAUGACCGCGGUGGCGCGCCUGAGGCCUUGGAAGAAGAUGUGAACCAGGAGGGCGAGCAGGCUCAGCACUCCAGUGACUACGACGACCAAGACGACCAACAGAGCCCCGUUGCACACCCCGAGGAGCUCGAUCAGCUUGGUCCACUUGAAGGACCACACAUCACCAUCAACGAGCCAGAUAUCCCACGAACCCGUCCACGCGGUAAUACGUUCCCUCGUCUGGAAACUCGCCCCACUUUCCGGGAUACCAAAGAUGGGAAUGAGACUACCACUCUUGCCCCUACUAACACACGGAACACCUUCAGGGGAGUGUUCCGAUCUCUGACACAAGAGCGUGACCUUUCCACUCAGCCAUAUCUCAGUUGGAAUGCGACAGUGGCUCGUAACUCCAAUUUCGUCGAUUUGACUGAGGAGCAGCGUGAUGAAUUGGGCGGUAUCGAAUACCGUGCGCUGAAGACCUUGGCCGUUGUUCUUAUCACCUACUACGUCGGUUUUCAUCUCAUCGGUAUGCUUAGCAUGGUCGGGUGGAUCAUGACAGCGGACAAAUGGGGCGAUGUUGUCCGGGCAGAUGGAGUUGGGCGGCCGUGGUGGGGAAUCUUUACCGCUGCGUCCGCCUUUAACGAUUUGGGGUUCACCUUGACACCUGACUCGAUGUACUCCUUCCAAAGGGCAGUUUUCCCUUUGCUGAUGCUAGCGUUUUUAAUUAUCAUUGGAAAUACUGCCUUCCCAUGCAUGCUUCGUUUGAUGAUCUGGGUUCUUUCAAAAUUCACCCGCCAGGGCACUGCGCUAUGGGAAGAGUUGAAGUUUCUUCUGGAUCAUCCCCGUCGAUGCUUCACUCUAUUGUUUCCGCGUAAUGCCACUUGGUGGCUGUUUGCGAUUCUCAUCGCAUUGAACGGCAUCGAUGUGAUCUUCUUUGUCAUCCUGGAUCUCAACGAUUCUGCCGUCACUGCACUACCACCCGGGAUCCGAGUUCUGGACGGCUUCUUCCAAGCUGCCGCGACUCGAACAGCCGGUUUUGGAAUCAUCAGCCUUUCAGAACUUCACCCAGCCAUACAAGUUUCCUAUUUGAUCAUGAUGUAUAUUUCAGUCUUUCCCAUCGCUAUCUCUAUGCGUCGAACCAACGUCUACGAAGAGAAGAGUUUGGGAAUUUACGAUGUCACAGACGAGGAUCACGAAGAUUCAAAUGCCCCCACCUACAUCGGAGCUCACUUGCGACGCCAGCUGAGUUUCGAUUUGUGGUAUGUCUUUUUGGGUCUGUUUAUCAUUGCCAUUGCGGAAGGAACAAAAUUGCAGAACGUGAACGACCCCGCCUUCCAGCUGUUCACUGUUUUGUUUGAAGUUGUCUCGGCAUACGGUACUGUGGGUCUGUCGUUUGGAUACACAAAUGUCGACACCUCCUUCUCGGGGCAAUUCAAUGUAGUCUCCAAGUUGGUGAUUAUUGCCAUGCAAGUCCGAGGUCGCCACCGUGGCCUGCCUUACGCACUUGACCGCGCCGUCCUUCUCCCCUCCGACGCCCUCAAUCGACAUGAGGCCGAAGAGGGAGAGCGCCGCAUGCGCCGCCGCGCAUCCAAUCUCAGUGGUGGUGGGUCUUUCGCCCAAGCGCAAUCGCGUACCUUAUCUCAGGCGAGAAACGAUGCUGGUCUGUCUUCGGGUAUGGAUGCCUAUGACUGGCAGCCCCAGCCUGCUCCGAAUGGAGACACUCUGAUACAUCGUUCCUCGACUAUCCGAUCCAAUCGGUAGAAAAUGGGCGGAAUCCUUUUUUUGUUCAUAGCUAUUAGAGGCUUGGUGUUCUACAUACGUGCCCUGGAGGUUCGAUUUCAUUUGCAUUCCAAGGUUACACAUAAUUAUGGAGAUAUGGACCUUUAUCCUGCCACCGGUUUGGUAGAUUGUGGGGUCAAAACUUGGCCUUUUGACCAAUUUUGAUAAUCGUGAUUUAAAUGAAAAUUGCAAUUCCGUCCAACCGGGGAAAAGCAGGGAUUGAUG